AAAAAGGAAAAAGAAAAUCGAAAAAGAAAAAGAUUUAAUGCUUUCUACGUAAAUGCACAUUUUAGUACAUUUGAAGUCCUAUAUAGAUUGCAACUUCGAGCACAUAAUUUUAAUACAUAUCCAAAAUUAGUAUCUUGAAGUUAGUAGCGUUCAAGACCAAGUACUAGAAUAGAAAAAAUGAGGAAAGAAAUUGUUUUUGUGCUGUUUCUUGUGUUCUUGAUGGGAAAAGAAUCAAGUGCAAUGAGGUACAAACUUAUAAACGAGAUAGAUGUUGAUUUAUCAGCCAGAUCUAUAUGGAAUGUUUACAGUUCUAAAGAUCUUCCUAGCCUUAUCGUUAAGUUACUACCAGAAGUUUUCGAACGGAUCGAUAUUCUAGAAGGAAAUGGUGGCGUCGGUACCGUCUGUCGCAUUGUUUUUCCUCCCGGGUCGGUGCCACGGACAUACAAAGAGAUGUUCACGAAAAUAGAUCAUGUUCAUCGUUUGAAGGUGAUACAACAAGUUUCAGGAGGGUACCUAGCCAUGGGUGUGACAUCUUACACAGAUAUGUUCAAAAUCAUAAGUACCGGUCCCAAUUCAUGUAUCAUCAGAUCCACAACAGAAUAUGAAGUUCCUGAUCAUCUUGCUGAUAAAGUUAACACACUCAUCAGCAUCGAGGGUCUCGUUCCGAUGGCUCAUGCCAUUAUAAAGUAUGUUAAGGAAUUUGGUGAUCAGGUGAACAUUGACGAUUCGGCAAAUAUAGCGUUGCCUGUUGGUAAUGAUGCAUAGCAACGAUGAAACUUGGCGGCUUUUUCUGCACCAGUGCGAAGCCAGUAUCUAGUGAAAUCGUAGCCUUCUUUUAAUUUUCUUGCUUUGUUUGCAUUGUUGCUUUAUGUUUUUCUAGUUGCUAAAUAAUUCACAUCCCAUAUGUGAAUAUAUCUGUAUUGUACUCCUGCCGUAGUAGAAUUACUCGGCCGGAGUGCCGGACAAUAAAUAAAUCGUGGCAGUGGGUGUUUUAUGCUAAAACAAGACAGAGAGCUUGUUAAACGGAGUAAAUUAUUA